AUGUUUGAUGAUACAAGCUAUGAUGCUGCUGAGAUACCUGACAUGGAUGUGGAUGAAGAUGAUGGAAGGAUAUAUGUUGGGAAAGUAUUUGGCAGCAAAGAAGAUUGUCAGAUAGCAUUAGCUAUUUAUGCUAUUAAACAUCAGUUCCAUUUCAAACAGGCAAGAACGAAGGUCGACUCGUUUGUUGUGGAAUGUCCAGAUGAACAUUGUGAUUGGCGUGUGACAGCACAUGAGGUGAGGGGCUGUGGGUAUUAUGAAAUUCGGAAGGCUCAACUUGAUCAUCUGUGUCCUUAUGAGUCAAGGAUGGGAUACAAAAGCAAAGCCACAUCCCGUGUGAUUGCUGCUGUCUACAGGUCCAAGUUUGGUGAACCGGGGAAAGGUCCAGUGCCUCGCGAGUUGCAGAAGCUUGUUCUGGAGGAUCUUCGCAUUACUGCAUCUUAUAUGAAGUGCUACAGAGCUAAAGAGAAAGCUGUUAUUGGUAUUAGAGGUUCAGAUGAGGAUGCUUAUAGUAAACUCCCUGAGUACUUAUACAUGUUGAAGCUAGCAAAUCCGGGGACUGUUGCUGACAUUGAGACAGAGGCAGAUGAUGAUGGUGAUGAGCGUUUUUUGUAUUUGUUCCUAGCAUUUGGUGCGUCUAUAGCUGGGUUUAAGAAGCUGAGGCAUGUGCUUGUGAUUGAUGGAACACAUUUAGGAGGUAAAUAUAAAGGGGUGUUGCUGACAGCUAUUGGGCAGGAUGCUAAUUUCCAGAUCUUCCCGCUGGCUUUUGAAGUUGUGGAUGCAGAGAACGAUGAAGCGUGGACCUGGUUCCUGCAAAAAGUUGAACGCAUCUUAGCUGACUCCCCGCAGCUGGCUAUUGUAUCUGAUCGUGCUUCAAGUAUUGCGACAGCUGUGGCACGAGUUUAUCCUAUGGCUCACCACGGGGCGUGCAUCGUGCAUCUGGCCCGUAAUGUGAACUCUCGCUAUUCAAGCAAAGAACUAGCGAAACUGGUAACUACAGCAGCAAUGGCACAUAGGCCUCAGGAGUACAAGGAGUUAUACAGCAAGAUCAGAGCAACGAGUAGUGCAUGCGGAGUUUAUUUGGGAAAUAUAGGAGUUUCACAUUGGUCAAGGGCAGAAUUCAGAGGUAACCGCUAUAAUAUUAUGACAAGCAACAUAGCAGAGCAGUUGAACAAAGCUUUGUUGGAAGGAAGAAACAGAACUAUAAUAGAGCUAAUUAUGUUCAUUCAACGGAUGAUGACGCGAUGGUUUUGUGCAAGGAGGAAGAAAGCAGAGAAGCACCGAGGUAUUGUAAGCAUAGAGGUGGACAAAGAGAUGACGAGUAAUAUGGCCACGGUUAAGGGGAGCAAAAUUCACUCUGUCUCGAAUUGGUGCACUUCUACCGUGGGGAAGUUUGGAGCAAAGGAUCAAGUUAUGCUCGAUGAGAAGAAAUGUUCGUGCAAGUAUUUUGAGAAUAUUAAAAUUCCGUGCGGACAUGCUAUGAUUGCAGCAGAUGGAAUAGGACUGCCGCAUACAACUUUGGUUGGUCAAUGUUACAGGACAACAACAUGGAGAGACACAUAUGCUGGCGUGAUAUACCCUGAAGCUAAUCCCCGAGACGUGGACAUUCCAGAGGAUGUGGGAGAGUGUUCUUUGCUACCCCCUUUGACAAAGAGACCAGCAGGACGCCGCAGGAAAAACAUGAUUCCUUCUACUGGAGAAUUCUCGGUAAGUGUUAUAGUGUGGUUUAGAUAA